AUGCGUUUAUCUUUAGAUGUCUUCAUAGAUAUCACAGCUUUUGUGUUGACACCGUCACGAAAGGCAAAGGUUCUCCCGAUUACAGACAGACUAUUAUUGCAAUCGACACAAGAACUGACCGAACAAAUCAAAUUAGGAAAAUUAAAGAGUCAAACAUUAGUGAAGGCAUAUAUUGACCGAAUAAAAUCUGUUCAGCCGGUCAUCAAUGCAGUGGUCGACCAGAGAUAUACAGAAGCAUUACUCGAAGCCAUUGAAAUUGAUAAGAGAGUAUUGCAUGAACUUUACGGUAAUGAUCCGUUGAUACCCGGAGUGUCCAUUCAUGACCAACCCUUACUUGGAAUUCCAUUAUCUGUUAAAAAUAGUAUUGGAGUGGAAGGGAUGGCUUUUGAUGCGGGACAUGAACCACGAAAAGGAGAAAAGAGUAAAACCGAUUCAAAAGUCAUUCAAUCACUUCGAAAGGCCGGUGCUAUUCCACUGGUGAUGACAAAUGUACCCGAACUGACUUCGUGGUGGGAUUCUUCAAAUAAAAUUUAUGGACAAACAAACAAUCCAUACGAUUUGUCUCGUAUUCCCGGCGGUUCUUCUGGUGGUGAGGCAGCUCUCAUAGCAUCUGCCGGUUCUUUAAUAGGUGUGGGUUCUGACACGGGUGGUUCCAUCAGAGUUCCCGCAUGUUUUUGUGGAAUUUUUGGUCACAGAACAACUCCUGGUGUCGUUCCUACUGACAAUCAAUUUCCUGCCGUUGAUGCCGAGAAAAACACUAUAUUAUCUGUCGGUCCAAUGACCAGAUAUGCCAAAGAUAUUUUACCGAUGCUUAAAGUAAUGUCUAACUCAAGCCAUAAAUUGAAACUCAACGAAGAUGUCGAUCUGUCAAAAGUGAAGAUUUAUUAUAUGGAAGAUAACUGGAAUCCAUUGGAAACUAGAGUUUCAUCUGAGAUAAAACAUGCCAUACGAAGAAUGGUUUGCUAA